AUGCCCUCCGAGGCGCCCGGCAGCGGCGAGGGCGCGGACGCCGGCGCUCCGCGGGAGCGGCGGAGGCGGCGGGGCCGUGCGCGGGCGCGGACCGAGGCGCUGCUGCACACGCUGAAGCGCAGCCGGCGGGUCAAGGCCAACGACCGCGAGCGGAACCGCAUGCACCACCUCAACGCCGCGCUGGACGAGCUCCGCAGCGUCCUGCCCACCUUCCCCGACGACACCAAGCUCACCAAGAUCGAGACCCUGCGCUUCGCCUACAACUACAUCUGGGCGCUGUCCGAGACCCUCCGCCUGGCCGAGCAGUGCCUCCCCCCUCCCGGCCCGUUCCGCGGGGCCGCCGCGCCCCCCAGCCCCGGCAGCGACGCGGGGUCGUGGCUGUCCAGCGCCUCGCCGUCCGCCCCCUCGCUCUGCGCCUCCGCCUCGGGCCCCAGCAGCCCGGCCACCUCCGAGGACUGCGCUUACCCCCCGGCCGACAGCCUGCGGGGGUUCCGCGGGCUCCCCGCGGCUCCGGGCGCGCCCCUCCGCUAG